AUUUUUCUCGGCUGAAAUUCCCCACAUAAACCUCCCAUUCACUUUUCAAAGUCCUUGCAUUCUCAGAAACUUUUCUUCAACAAACCAAAUUCCAAAAAUGGCAGAAAAUGAUAUAAACUCCCCUGAGAUCAAAGAGCCUUCUCCAAAAAUCCAGAAAUUGGACAAACCCCAGAACGGCGUUCUCCUUGAAAUCCCCUUUUUCCGAGUCAAGAAACUCUCUGAAAAUGCUGUUUUGCCCUCCAGAGCUUCACCUCUUUCUGCUGGUUACGAUCUUUCCAGUGCUGCAGAGGCUAAAGUUCCCGCCAGAGGCAAGGCUCUUAUACCCACAGAUCUCAGCAUCGCUGUUCCUCAAGGAGCCUAUGCUCGUAUUGCGCCUCGAUCUGGUUUGGCAUGGAAGCAUUCGAUAGAUGUUGGAGCUGGAGUUAUAGAUGCAGACUACAGAGGGCCAGUUGGGGUUAUUUUGUUCAACCAUUCUGAUGUUGAUUUUGAAGUUAAGGCUGGUGAUAGGAUUGCACAGCUUAUUAUUCAGAAAAUUAUGACACCAGAUGUCGAGGAGGUUGAUGAUCUUGAUUCAACUGUGAGAGGAUCUGGUGGCUUUGGAUCCACUGGAGUAUAAAAAAGUUUGUCCUCAACUUAGAAAAUGGUGGUAUUAUAGUAUUAUCCAGUUUUAGAUUUUGUAGGUUUUGGCUGUUAUUUGGGUUCUACUUAGGUACUAAAAGUCUACAACCAAUAGUUUGGUUAGUGAUGAAGCAGUGGGAGAUUUUGGAAGGUAUAUUGGGAUCAAAUGUAUAUCUCACUCAUCUUAAAUAGUAAGUAUCAAUUAGUAAUCUACUCUUUUGUUCUAUGAGCAGUCACAUUCAACUCGA